UUAUUUACCAAUCGUAAAUUAUUCUUGAUUUGUACUAAAUAUGGAAAAAUAGUCAAGGAAGUUGGAAAAUGGCAAGAUGGAAGAGUAUUUCAGGGGGUAACCAUGCUAGCUCCUCAAUGAGUAGUAAGCAGCCCGCUUCCUUCUUUGAGUCAUCCUACUAUAUCCAUCAAAGAUAUGAAGACACUGCACUGGUAAUCUUCCAACAACAGCAAAGGAAAAAGAGGGACUCAACUUUUGAAAUGAAAAGACCUGUCCGUCGGGACCAUGAAGUUAACAAAAGCCAUGUAGAACUGGGACAUUAUGGAAAUCCUGGCAUCAUUGUGAAGGAAGACAUAGUAAAUGACAUGAAAGUUCAUGUGGACAAAAGUCCUGUCCAGUCCACUGUGUGUGUUAUAGUGUGAUGUAAGACUAGCUUAGAUAUCUGUGUUGCAUGCGGUUGAAUGAGUUAAGGAUUUGUGUGCUUGUGUUAACUGAAGGUAGAUUUUUUUUUUUCAUUUGUUAUAUAGAGCUUCUUGUGCAUCAUUAUUUAAUAUUAGCUUUGUAUUGUACAUACAAUGGAGCUACAUCCUAUAUUAGAGAGGGAUACUGUCCCAAACACUGGUCUUUGGUAUGUGUUGUCUGCUUUGGGAGAUAGCCCCUCUAUUCGUGUAGGACAUACCUGCACUCAUGUCAGUGGGUCAUCCGAUGGUGACAGUGGCAAGCUGUAUGUGAUAGGAGGGGCCAAUCCUAGUGGAGCAUUCUGUGACACUUUUGUUCUUGAUCUCAACACCAUGAUGUGGGAUAUUGUAGACUACCCAGGGUUCAGAGCUAGAUACGAACAUGCAGCUUUUGUUCCACAAUCAGAGCCAGAGAAAAUAUAUGUGUUCGGAGGUGCUGAUCCCACAGGAAAUAUGAAUGAUAUUCAGGUACUAGAUACUGCUACUAACUCAUGGUCCACACCAGCUGUUACUGGAACUGCACCCACCCCUCGUACAUACCAUACCACUGCUGUUGUAGGAGACAAGUUCAUUGUGUAUAGUGGAGGUCAUAGUGGGCCUGACCCUGUGGGUGAUAGACAAGUGCACUGCUUUGAUGUGAAAACAUCGGUCUGGUCCACUCUUCCUGUCAAAGGAGACUCCCCAAAACCCCGUCAUGGUCAUGUGAUGGUUGCCAUUGGAAACAGGUUAUUUAUUCAUGGAGGAAUGGCUGGGUCUGCAUUUUAUGAUGACUUCCAUCUAAUGGACUUAGAUAAAAUGUCUUGGUCAAACAUUCGUCGGAAGAAGGUUACUCCAUCUGCACGGGCUGCUCAUAGUGGAGUGGCGGUGGGAAAGGACAUAUACAUCUUUGGAGGGAUGAACAGAGAGGGAGCCCUGGAUGAUCUCUAUAAAUGUGACACAACUACUAUGUUAUGGACAAAGAUUGAACUGCAUGGUCCACCCCCAGCCUGUCGUUUGGACUUUGGUAUGUGCCAGAUUAAGUUAUUCCGGAGUCUUGUAAGGGAACCGGAGGACCAAGAUCUCGUUACUCAGGUUCAGCAGACUAAGGAGAUCCUGGACCGAGAGCUGAAGCCUGGCAGCGCCAGUUCUCGUGACAGCCGACAGGACACUGGAUCAGAGAGUUCUAGUGUGACGUAUGAAAUCCCCCAGCCUACAACCGACGACGAGGACGAGGAAACACCCCGAGCAGAGGGGGCCACUGCCUCCCUUAACUUUCCUGUUUCAGAUGGCAAAGAAAUGAAUUUUGUGCUGGUUCAUGGUGGAAUGGAUACAGAAGGAGAGAUAUUUGAUGAUGCUCUAGUUCUGUUAACAGAACAACCAUCAUAGUUGAAUGUCACUAACUUAGCUUAAAGUUCCUUUAUGUUUCAAUCAUAUCGCAGUAGCUGCCAAAUUUUGUGAUACCAUUUUUUAAUUAUCAUACAGUGAACAAAUGCAUGUUGAUGUACUCACAAAAUAGAACUUUUUUUUUUAAGAAUUAAAUUUAUUCUAAAUCAGAUAUCAAA